AACUGAUAAAGAAAGUAAAAGAGAGCAAAAAUCUUUUGAAUGUGAAAUCGGUGAGGAAAAACCAGAUCUUCCAUACGAUGCAGAAGUUAAGAAAGAAAAAAUUUCAAACAAAAGUGAAAAGGACGUGGUAACUAAAAAGCUUUCACGUAAUGCGCAAGUAAAGAAAAAGCAAAUUCCCAACGAAUGUAAAAUCGAGGAAAAUAAACGGAAUCGUCCUUAUGGUUCACAAAUUAAUAUUGAUCAAACCUUGAUCGCAGAAUCCAAUGGUGAAGGCCAAAGCCCUUCUGAUGAGAAAUCUGAACUUAAUAAACUGAUAGUUAGUGAAAAUGACAAUAAGAUAGAUGUUUAUGAAGCAAAUUCAACUUAUACUCAUCUAACUCAACAAAUGGAAGCAGUUGUGGAGCGAGUUGAAAUACUUUCUUCUGAAGUAAAAACCACAAAUGUGAAAUUAAGUGCCAUUUUAACAGAAUUGCAAGAUCAUCAUGGCAUUGUAUCGAGUGUCGCAGAAAUUUCCAUCGAUCAUCCCAUGGAAUCUGAAUUGGAAAUGUCUAGUAUUUCUUCUACUCUUUUUGAAGAUGUUUGGCAAAAAGUUUUUACACGGGAUGUUGCUGCAGAUGUAGACAAUAAGGAGACCAUUAGCAAACAUGCAAGCCUCGAAAAAGUGAUUAACUUUGUUUUAACUGAAACCCCAACAGCUGCAAACCUUGAUGACAAGCUCGUGGAGAAAAAUCUAAGCAGAGAGAAAACAAUCAAUUUUGCAACUAUUAAGGAGUUAACAAAUAGUGAACAACCAAUCUCUACCACAAACAAUUUGUUCACUAGCAAAGAUUCUGAGAAAGGUUGUGAAUAUAAUAGAUUGACUGAAGCUACAAUUAAGUUGACUGCCAUUCAAACAUCUGGUGUUAUGGAACCAGACGCAGCGGAACCAGAACUAUCACACAACAUAAACAAAUUGUCGUUAAGCAAAAAAUCUGUGAACGAAAAAAAAAUGCAGUUGGAUGACAAAUUAAUAUCUUCUGAUAGUGAUUCAAAUGCUAUAGAAAUAAUAAAAGCUCCACCUCUUUCAACUCAUCCUCAGAAUAUGUCGACGAAAAAGAAAAGUAAUAUUAAUCAGAUUUCAGAGAUAAAGAAUACCUCUCCAAGUUCAUCUAGCAUGCAUGAAUCGAGUCAUGUUGAAUCAGAUAUGUUACAUCCACCAAAAUUCGUUCAUCUUAAAAAACUCGGUUCAAACGGCGAAAACAGAAGAGCAUUUAUUUUUACUGUGGAAGAUUUGAACACUAAUAGAUACGGAAACAAACCUUUUCUCGAACUUGAAAAGUUAACUACAGAUACAGAAUCUUAUGAAAAGAAAUAUUUAGAUAAACCAAAAAAACUGCCUGUCAUUCGAAAACUAAAUACAUCACAAAUAAUCAAACCAUCCGUUUCGCACCACCCCACUAAAGUCUAUACAGAGCAACGUAAAGCUAAAGCGGAAAAUAUAAGAACGAAUAAUAAAUCACAUCAAGGAGCUGCAGAAAAAGAACGUACUCGUUCUUCGAUAUCCAAAUUAGAACAUUUAAUCACAUCAAUGGUGUUUACAGUACGAGAUUAUGUAAAAUUUCUACACGGUACCGCUAGAAAGCCAAAACAAGAUAAACCAACACCUCAAACUACCUCAUCUACAAGUGACUACGUUAUUAAUAGUAAGAAAAGAGCCAACAGUCGAGUUCCGCAUAAUUCACUAGCGUCCAGUCUUUCUGGCUCCAACAAAAACAAAAAAAUGAAACAGCAUAAAAGCUCUGAAUCAGUAAAUCUAUCAAUGUCCAGUGAUGAUUCCCUAUCUGACAAAAAGAAAGAAAAUAAGAAACACCGAGUAUUCCGAAGCUCCUCAGAAAUAAGUCAGAUCGCUAAGAAAGAGAAAAAGCAUGAUGACCAAAUUUCUUCAUUUACAUUUAGUUCGACAACAUCGAGCCAUGUUAAUGAUAAUAUCCACAAUGUUUCAACAUCCAAUGCCAUUACACAAACCUCAGUUCCUAAAAUUGUUCCUGAAGUGAACAAUUCAGUUUUACCUACAAACGAAACAACCACUAAUCCUUGUCAAAAGAAAAAAGUGAAUUUCGUGAAGGAAGACACAGUUACACCGGUGCCGUGUACUUGCAUUAUACAAGAACGUUUGGUGUACCCUGCAUCGUCUAGUGGUUCAGAGGUUGAAAUACCAACAUAUAAAAGCAAUAAAGAAGCUGAAAACUUAAAGAAAUAUUUUGAUCACGCAGAUGAGUUACAACCCACUUCAGAUACAUCUGAAUCAGAAUCUGUGGAACGUGAAGAAGUCGGUCACUGCAACAGAGAUGUACAAACCACCUUCUCACACAUUUAUUCGAACUUAAAAGAAACUUGUUUGUAUUGUACGAAUGGCUAUCUUCCAGUUUAUGAUGAACGUAUAAUACAUGUGAUAUAUAAAUUUAUCAAAGAGUACGAUCCCAAAGAUAUUGGUAUAAUUGUUAAUAUCGCAAAUAAUAAUCUAUUUCACAUUAAAAUUAUUUUAAUGUCAUCUGGACGUUCAAUAAGUUGUUUCUACAGCACUAUAAAUGGUCUGCAAGAAGCUAAGAAGAGUGGCAUUAUGGACCACUUCCCAGUGUACUUUGUGUGAAUCACAUAUGUAUCUGGCGACAUAUUUCGUAUUACAUUGAAGAAACAU